UUACAGCGUACUCUAACAUACACUCUAGUAACAAGGCAAGAGGAGACACUUAGAGAACGGCUGGUCCUAGCUUCCUACAUCAUUUCAGCACGUUCAUUCUGUAAGUGAUCCGCGGAGACGUGCCUCAAAACGGAAAUAUCUAUGCGUCCAUCUCCCAAUUUAAGCUACUAAAAGAGGGACGUCAAUUUAUCCCUGAUCAACAAAAUAUAAAUUCACAUUAGAAACGGUUCCUUAACUUAAAGUCGUGAAACGUGAACACAAAGUAAAUAUAAUCAUGGUGAAUCAGCAAAAGGAGGACACUUGAGCUACCAUCAGAUAUACAAAACUGUCUGAGUGCCAUGAGAUUUACCUUAAGCUCCUUAAUCUCAAAGACACUAUGGUUCAUGUUAACAGGACAGAAACACGUACCUUAUGUGCUUAUACAUUUUAAUUUGUGCGACUAAAAUUUUGGGUAGAAUUUGUUCCUAUGACGUGUCUCCGCGCAAAGUUUGUUUUACUUCAUGGAUGGGCACUUUCGCGGGCACAAAAUUUUGCAAGGGGGCCAUAUAAAUGAACCUUUCCUUUACGUGUUACAGCUACUGAGAUGCAAGGGAAUCAGUAUUUGAAUCAGUUGGUGACAAGGUCUAGAAUUCUUUGUAUUCCUGUACUAGUUUCAGUUACCUCACUUCCCCUCUGCGUACUUGGCGGCAGCGACAUGUCGAUGUCUUUGCAACGAGAUGAUCCUUGGUCUCUUUCAAUUGUCCACCUUUCCGUGCAAAACGACGGAAAGGCGUAG